AUGAGACUAAUAGGGAUGAACUACUUGUCUAAAAAUAGACAUGAUGUAACAGUGGAACUGGCUUCAGAACAGGAUGUCAUUGGGCUGAAUUGCGAAUCUUAUCCAUCAUGGGAGAGACAUUAUCUUUAUCUAGCGUGGCUUUUCAAGUGUUUAACUCUUUUUGGACUAUCAAAGUAUCCUUAUAAGAUAAAACUUCAGACAGUGUUUACUAAUUUCUAA